UUUUAUUAAAAAUUUUGUGAUCAUAGUUCGUUGCCUCUCGAGUUAUUACAAAUUUUUGUCAAUAAAUUUCCUGAUAUUAAUUAAAUUUGUUAUAUAAAUCAUUUUGUCGAAUCAAUAAACACAAAUGAAGAACUUAUUGUUUGCAAUGAUUUAGUACUUGAAAUAAUCUGAAUAAAAAUAUCACAAUAUUUAUAAUAUGAAUUUUCAUAUUGAAUUGGAUUGGACAUCCAUAAAAUUCUUAUUUUAUGAUAGUGGUUCCAAUACCAAGAGUAACUUGACAUGUUUAUUAAAAUUUUUAUUUCAAAAUGAAAAUUAUAUUUUGGAACAUAACAUCAUUGAAAACAAAUUUUAUCUUUAUUUUGUCAUUUUAGCUGCAAAUUAUAUUGGUCAACAUUGUAAUUUAUUUGAAACAACUGAGCUUUCUGAUGUAACGAAAGGUUGUAAAAUCCUUAUGAAAUGCCUUCUUUCAUUUAUGGAACAAAUUAGAGAAAGUGAUGGUUUGGAUUUAUGUUCAUCUAAUUUAAACUUGUCUUUAGCAGCUAUUUCAGCUCUCUGUACUGCAAAGCCAUUAAAUACCUCCGAGUUUGUUUCUGUUGUAGCUUUUAUAAAAGAAUGGCCAUCUAAUAAUACACCAUUAUAUGGUGAUAAUGAAAAUGAUGGCAAAAAAACUCAAGUUUAUGCAUCUAUUGUUGAUCAAAUGGUCAAGCCCUUAGACAGAAGUAAAAUAUGUACUAAUAAUGUAAUUAACACACAUAAUGUGGAUAUUAAGCAAUUGUUAAUUGAAAAAAAUAUUUCUAACUUACAAGAAUUGGGGGCAAAUUCUAUUAUUUUUGAAACUUGUACUAAACUUCCAAUGCUUAAAAGAUAUAUUAUUAAAAUGGAUGCCAUUUUGUUAAAUGGAAGUAAUAUACAUUUAAUUGAUCCAGUUGGAGUUAAGCUUUCAUAUAAAUUUAUGUUGUUGGACAUAACAUUUGUUGAAAAUGCUUUGAUGCUACCUAUUUUUGAGCCUCUAACAGGAGGAUGCUUACAACAACUAACUUGUAUUAUGAUAGCUUGUGUCAAGGUUGCUUUGUUUGCUCAAGGUAUUAAUUACAAUACUACAAGUUCAGAUAAUAAUUCCAGUAAUGAAGAAGAUAUUUUGUGGAAUCAAGCAGUCAAAACAAUUGAAAAAACUGUCUCCAUAAUGCAAAUAGUUUCUAACACUUUAAAAAAUUACUCAUAUUUAGUUCAUCAGAAUUAUAAUAUGAUUGUCACUUGGGUUCUUCUUAAUGGUCUAAAUGAUAUAGUACUAAAAACUUAUGAAGUAAAUCCAAUUAAAGAUGAAAAAGUCAUAAAACAUAAGGGAAAAGAUGUUUCUUUGAAAUUUUCAUCCAAAAAUUCUUUCAAUGUUUUAUCUGUCACACUGGCAAAUGAAAUGUUCAAUAUGAUAUUAGACAAUUUAGAAAAUGCAAAAAAAGAAUCAAUAUCUGAUAAAAUGAUGAGACUAACAACACAGUCAGAAAUAUUACCAGCAAAAUUAGAUAUCUGUUCUAAUACUCGUGCAUGUGAAAGAUUACAAAGAAUUUUUCAAACUAUUCCUGUAGUUAAAUUUUUCUAUCAGUUAGCUACAGUUUGUCAUCGAAAGAUUAUGCUUUUAAUUAUGAAUAAAAAUAAAAUAAAUGGGAUUCACGCUUUAAGUUUGGAAUCAGUAGACAUGUAUCCUGGAACAUCUGAAAGUGCAACACCCGAAGAAGAUGAUAUAGAUCAUGAGUCAUUGUUUGGAGCUUGGUUUGAAGAAGUUUUAACAUUAGGUGAUCAACAAAUUGAAAAUAUGUCAUCUAAAAAUCAAGUAACUGAUUAUACUUUAGAUCAAAGCGUUGUUGGUGCUUCAGUUUUAAAAGUAGUACCAGAAGCCGAUGAUCCAGAAGCGUAUUUGAUAUUAAUAUCAAGAAUAUUUAAUAUAUUAGACAUUUAUUUUUUGAACACUGAAUGUGACUUAAUUACUAAAUAUAUGGCCAAAAGUGUGCAAUCUGAUCAUCUUGUUAUCUUAGGAAAAUUAAUAAAAGAAGUGGAUUGGGCUCCUAUCAACUAUGAUCUUUUGUGUAUUAAUAAUUCUCACCAAAAUGUUUCUUCUUCAAUUGGUAUAUUUUUACAUAAUCUAAUUGCUAAUGACUACUUACCAGAUCUUCAGCAAAAUGAAUUACUGGAAUUAAUUGGGAUUACAAUUCCACUUGGAAUAGAAAACAAUAAAUGGCCAUUGCAGAUAUAUCCUAGAACAUUAGCGAUAUUAGCACAAGUAUUGCUGAAAAAAAAUAUGGCUGAAAGGGAUGAACUAUCGGUGCAAAUAUGGAAAAAUCUUAUUUAUACAUUAAGUAAUAUAAUUAAAUAUCCAGCAAAUACUUUAGAAGAUUUUGAAGACUUAAAUGUGGAACAUGCUCAACUUUUAAUAUUUUUAUUUAAUUUAAUGUCACUGACUUAUAAAAAAAACAUUCUUCUUUCUAUUUGUAAUACAAUAGUUGAAGCUAAAAUCUGUCUUGAUUGGAAUUCAGUUUAUAAUAAUCACAUAUUAGCUUUAAGUAGAUUACUCUUAUUCUUUGAUUACAUGGUUCGAAGGUUAUAUGAUGUUCCAGAAUAUUUAAUAACACAAGUGGAAUGGAAUUUAAUGCGUGUUAGAAGUGAAAUAAAAGAUAAUUUAGAUGAAGUUCAAUCAAUUGAAGAAAAUAAUUAUAUGACUUAUAAUUCAAUUGAAGAUAAUAUUCGAAGUAAAUCUGAUUUCAAUGGAAAUUCUUUUGCAGUAAAACCUUGUUUUUAUAAGUUUCUUGAUGAUAAACAAGUUGGAAAUGAAGUACCUAAGCUAGAUGGAUUGGCUGUUAAUUUUAUACUAAGUUAUCCAGAAAAACUAAGUUAUCCUCAGUUAUUGCAAGCUUUAUUGGAUAUUACUUCUACUAUAAAUUUAUGUACAAAACUACAAAAUGUGUGGAGGGAAAAUGAUAGUUCAAUUGAAUAUCAUUUUAAUUCAUUUAAUUUAUGUAGUAUUGAGUAUUGCUUUACUAUUGCAUUGAAAUUACUUUUGUCGUUGCCAGUACCUACCCACAAAUUAAAUGAAAUGUUAGAUGACAAAUCUUCAGGUUUUGAUCCACCUAAUUUACUAUAUUUAUUAAUGUGGGGUCCUAAAUGUGGCUCAAGAGUGUAUGGUAGUUGGUUAAAGGAAAACAUUUCCAAACAGAGUAGCUUGUUAGAUAAUACUUCUAAAGAUAUAAAUGCAUCUAGUACAAACACAUUAUUAUCAAAUUUAACUAUUGCUACUUCAACAAUUAAGUAUGAAUAUCAAAUAGCUAAAGCUCAUUUUACUCAACAACUUCAUCAAACAGGUAAUACAAAAACAGUCGAGAGUCCAAUGUUGUUAGAUAUAAUUUUGUAUGAUGCAGUUGUUUCAAAAAUAUAUUUACUUAUCAAACAAGGAAGAACUGAUGAUAUCGACAAAACUUCAAACAAUGAGUUUAUUCAAAUAUUAAUGCCAUAUUGUGUGGAAUUGGCCACUUUAACAUUUUCAAGUAUAAAAAAAAAUUUACUUCAACAAAUUAUAAAUUUAAAUCAUGCUCAAACAUUUUCAUCUGGUGACAUAACUAAUUUAGAGAUAAUUUUAUCAAUGACUAGCAAUCAGUCUUCUCUUGAAUUUUCUCCAAUAACUUACAAUUUGCCAUUUUUGUUGUUUGAUAUUAUUCCUUCUUGGAUUAUUUCUGUUAUAACUAAAUGGAAUAUUGUUUCAAUUGGUACAAAUUUAAAGACUUCAAAUUUUGAUACUCUAGCAGAAAAUUUGAUCUUAAAUAUUAUUAGACAUCACGCAUCAUUUGUUUCUAGUCAACCAAUAUAUUUUAAUACUCAAUCAUUGAAGAGAUUACUCUAUACACUUAUUAUAUUUAUCACAGAAAACAUUCAAUUGUGUACUGAUUGUAAAUUGAAAUCAGAUUUUGCUAAUCUACUGAGUUCAAUGACAAUCGAUUGGUCAUCAGAGUAUUUGUUGGAAAGUAUUAUUCCUACUUUAGAAAAAUUAAAUAACUCAUGUGAUCAUGAUUCUGCUACUAUGAUAGCUAUAAAAAUCACAAAGAAUAUAAGAAAACUGGCUAUUCAAUACAAAUGUGAUGAUACAUCUAACACGGAUUAUUUAGUUGAAAAAACCUUGAUACACGGUUUAUUUUGGAUUGAACAGUUGAUUUUUGAUUUUUCUUCAGCUCGUUAUGCUGUAUUAAGGACAUUUUGUGCUAAUGCUCACAAAGGAGAUAUUUUAAUGAAAAAAUUUAUAUCCUCAGGAAUUUUUGUUCGAGCUUUUGUUCGAUUGGCUAAUCGUUUAUUUUCAAAUUUAAAAACAAAUAACCAUAAAGAUAUUAAUAUCAUGUGUCGCACAAUAAUUCAAUUAUCAACUGAUUCAAAAAAUAGACUAGAUUUAUGGUUACAACGGAUUAUUGUUGGAUGGAGUAAAGAUAAAGAUUUGAUUGAUGCUGUCAAUAUUUUGACUAGUGAACUUAAUGUUUUUUUAAAUGAAAAACAUUCAAAUGCAAUCAAACAUUUUACCAAUAAUAUAUCUUCUUCAGUUGAUCCAGAUGAAAAUUUUGAUCUAAUAAAAAAUAUUAUUGAUUUUAUCAUUACUUUAGAUACAAAUGAUGAUUUGAAAGCAAAAGCUUCAUUAUGUUAUUUGGAUACAUUAAUACCAAUUGUGACUUACACAUUAGCAUUUGAAAAUGGUGCAGGAUUUUCAAAAAUAUUUGCACAAAUGGUACGAUUAGCUGACUGUGGAGGUUCUGUUGGUCAUAUAAAACUAUUUAAGGCCAGCAUUAAAUUAUUGGAGACCAUAAAAAAUUGGCUCAAAAAUAAUAUGAUGCCUAUAAGUGAUUAUGAUCAAGUUUAUCCUCCUAUUGUAAUUGCUUCAAGUUGUGUCAUGAACUACUUAUCUGAUGUAAUAGCUGCUAUGCACAUUGAUAUAGAAAAUAAAGCAUAUCCUCCACCUCUAGAUACCAUGUCUUUACAUUACUAUGAUGGUAUGGAGUUAGAUGGAUUUUUGCCAUGUAAUGAAAAGGACAGUGAUACAUUAAUUGAAGAAUCGGAUGAAGAUAGUUUAUAUUAUAGACUGUGUACAUUUACUGUUACUCAAAAAGAAUUUAUGAAUCAACAUUGGUAUCAUUGUCACACUUGUAAAAUGAUCGAAGGAGUUGGAGUUUGUAGUAUUUGUGCCAAAGUUUGUCAUCGAGGACAUGAUGUCACUUAUGCAAAAUUUGGCAACUUUUUUUGUGAUUGUGGUGCUAAAGAAAAUAAUUUUUGUCAGGCCUUAACUAAAAGAAACCCAAAUUCAUUGCCUGAUAAUAAUAUUACAAAAGAAAAAUUUAACGUAGAAAAUGGUAAUUCAACAAUAGAUCAUGAUCGAAUAGAUACAGUUAGUUCAACUUUAACUAGUAUUAAUCAGGAUCCAAGAAAUAUAAGUACAAGAAGUCUUGAUUAUGAGUCAAUAAUGCUUAAUACCCUGAAUACCACAUGUAGUAAUACAUUAAUACCAAUUAUUUUUGAUCAAACUCAAAUUGUUGAACCAACAUUAGAUUUAUGUACUCAAUUGAUGAGCAUUAUUAUUAAAUCCGCAGAAAAAAAUUCUGCUAUUGGAUGCAAUACUAGAGCUAUCAAAACUCUGAAUGAGUUAAAAAAUUUAGAAAAAACAAUUGAAGUUUCAGAUAAUUUAAUGCUUCCUACUAUGGGAUCUCAAGAGGGUGCUUUUGAAAACGUUAAAAUGAAUUUUAGUGGUGAUCAAGGUCAAACUAUACGUCAAUUGUUAUCUGCUCAUAUGAUUCGUCGUGUAGCAAUGUGUUGCUUAUCAUCUUUACAUGGUAAAAGACAGCAUUUAGUUGCUGUUUCUCAUGAUAAAGGAAAAAUUGCAAUCUUACAAAUGAGUUCAUUAUUAAAGCAAUCCGAUGUAUCUAAACGUAAACUUACAUUAACACGACUUUCAUCAGUUUCUAUUCCUUUCACUGUAUUAUCUGUGACAGCUAAUCCAGUGAAUGAAGACUUUUUGUCAGUUUGUGGUUUGAAGGAUUGUCAUGUAUUAACUUUCAACACAAGUGGCACAGUUAAUGAACACAUUGUUCUUCAUCCAACUCUGGAAGUAGGUAAUUUCAUUAUUCGAUCUAUAUGGCUUCCAGGAUCACAGACUUGCUUAGCAUUAGUAUCAGCUGAAUUUGUUAAAAUUUAUGACCUAUCCAAAGAUGUUUUAAGUCCUCAAUAUUAUUUUCUUGUCCCUACUGGAAAAAUACGAGAUGUAACAUUUAUGUGUACUGAGGAAAGGUCUACUAUGAUAUUAAUAUCUUCUGGAGGAUAUAUAUACACACAAGAUAUGGACUCCAGUAGUUCUGCAGUUCAUGGUCCUUUUUAUGUUACCAAUACAAUAGACAUUGUUCAUCCAGAUAUAAACGAUGUUAAUGGUCAAGUUUGUGGCGGUGGAGUAUCAGUAUAUUAUUCUCAUAUAUUAUCAUUGUUAAUGUUCAGCUAUGUGACUCCUGGACGAACUUUUAUUGCUCCAUUAGAUGAUGAACGGUAUCAAGGAGGUGUUAUUACUUUACAUCCUGUUUUUGCAAUCAAUUCACAAUCACUUAGUCCUAAUUCAAAAAAUAAGAAUAUCAGUCAAACAUCAACUACUGUUCCUCCUACUCAGCCUAUGUGGCAAUGGUCUGAAGUACCUGGACACCCUGGCCUAAUUUAUGCAAUACUUCAAUCGAGUAACACGCCAGUAGUUUUUAUGAUAACACCAAAACAUAUUAUCAUUCAAGAAAUAAAAUUAGCUCAAACAAAAACUAAGAUAACCGAUAUGGUUGCGGUUCGCCAUCCUUUAUCCAAUGGAUUUUAUAGAACAACAUUAAUCAUUUUGUGUGAGGAUGGAAGUCUUCGUAUGUUCUUAGCAUCAAAAGAGCAAACCGAUUUUUGGCUAUCACCAAAUAUUCAACCUUCACGGCAUACAAUAUUUUCUAAGAUUAAGAAGAAAAAAAUUAAUAAGUCUGGACGUUCAACAGGAAAUAAUUCGUCAUUUCCUGUUGAUUUCUUUGAAUAUUGUGUUGCUAUGAAUGAAGUAGAAUUUGGAGGUAAUGAUUUACUACAAAUCUAUAAUCCUCAACAAAUUAAACACAGAUUAAAUAGUAAUGGUAUGUAUGUUGUAUCAACAAAACCACGCUUUUCAAUUGAAAUAACAAACAAUGAUAGUACAAUGGUUAUAGCUGGGAUAAGAGUUAAUGUUGGAAAUCAAGAUUUAGGACGUGCUCCUGGCUAUAUAGAAGUACUUGGUCGUUCUCAACAAUUGGUACCCAUCAACCGUAGUCGAUGGUUUGAUUUUCCGUUAACCAGAGAAGAAAGUUUGCAAAGUGAUAAAAAAUUAACCAUAGUGUUUGGACCAUCUAGAGAUUCUGAAGGAGUUAUUAUGGUUGAUUCUAUAAAAAUAUAUGGUAAAACAAAAGAGUCGUUUGGGUGGCCAGAUGAAGUUGAUGAGAUAAGUAGUGCUACAAUAUAUGGAUCAACAUCUUCAAGUACUGUUAUUACAAAUCAGUAUAACUCCCAAGAAAAAGAAUUACCUAUAACUAGUUGUACAAUAAAUCCUUUCGACAAGUUUGUGGUUGGAUUGUUAUCAAUAUUAGAAAAUAGCUUUAGUAUUUUGCCUUGUAAUGGUGAAACUGAAAAAUAUUCAAUUAACAAGAAUAAAGCUUUAAAUUUUGCAUUACAAUUACUAAAUCACAGUACUCAAGCUUGUAUUCAACUUCAUGCAAAAUCUUUGAUAGCAGUUAUACAUCCAGAUUAUCACAAUUACAAAGAUCAAUCAAUGUUAUGUCAUAUUAUGAAAGUAUUACAAGAAUUUGAAAAAAAUGACCCAAAAACCAUGGAUGCAGAAGCAUAUUAUAGAAUGGUUCUUAUUAUUCGAGGUAUUGUUAUUAACAGACCACAAAAUUUGUCAAAUUUUGAGUAUACUGAAAAUGCAGGUUUGAAUAUUGAUCAGUCUUCCCACUGGUGUCAACCUCUUAUUCAAAAAUUAAUAUCUGUCUUUUGGAUAUUAUAUUAUAGUAGGCCAAAAAAUUCUUUUUAUUGUACUAUUUAUAUUCCUGGUCUUAAACAUACUGAAGCAGUUGUUUAUGCUCUUGUUGAAAUAUUGCAUUCUUUAUUAUUCUAUGAAUUUUCUGAUUUUCAACACUCUCAAAUUAAUACUAUUUCAAAAUACUACCUUGAUUUUUUACUGUGUGAAGACAUAGCUGUUAGUUACACUGUAAAAUUAGCAUUAGCUAGAGCAUUGAAGCCACAUAUUUUGAAUAAAAAAUAUCAACAAAUUGCUCGCGGAGAUAACUCUUAUAAAGAAUCAUUGACAGUUAAUGCAUCAAAUAAAGAAUCAGUGCUAGAUGAAGAACAAAUGCCUCAAGAGUCUUUAGAAGAAAAUGUGCAGUAUGAAGUUGAUGAACCAAUUAUCUUAUUGGAUCCUAGAGUUGAACCGCAAGAACAAGACAGACAAAACAUGGAGGUUUUAAUUGGAAAUGUUCAGUUUCCUGGUCUUAUUAUACCACCUGAUGAUGAUGAAGCUAUGGUUGAAUUAGCAAUUGCAUUGAGUUUACAGGAUAAUGAAAAUAUAGGAAACAAUGCAGACUUGCAAAAUAUACAACAAGGAUUUGUCGAAUUACAAGGUUUAAAUGCUCCCGUUGCUAUACAAAAUUUACAAGAUAUGUCAUCCCAAAGUAAUGACAAUGGUCCAAAUUCAGAAACACAAUCUGCUCAACAAGGUCAUUUAAGCGAUACAACUGCAUCAGCAGCAGGAUCGGAUGAUGAAGAUACAAAUGCUGUACCUGAUAGAGGCACUUUAAGAACUUCUCCAGUUCAAAAUCAAAUACAAAGGGAAGUUGACGAGGAAGUAUCAUAUGAUCAUGACUUGGAGAUAAACAAUCAUUUACACACUUUAAGAUUAUCCUUACUAGAGAAAUUCAUUAAUCAUAUCCCCAAUCUACAUCAUACUGGUGGAAAAAGAGCUAUUCCAUUUUUCCAAGUAGUUUCAUGUAUUGUAUCUGAUAUAGAUUUAAAUAAUGAAAGAGAUAAAGAAUAUUUUACUGAACUAUUGCAAAUGUUUAUAACUUAUAUUUGCCGUGAAACUUUAGAAGAUGCAAAUUUACAUAUAAGAAAUUCUCAAAGAGAAAUAUCUAUUAUUAUAAUGAGAUUUUUAGGAGUUUUAUUAGCAAGGCCAAAAUCUAGUUCAAAAUCUGUUCCAGAUCACACUACAUACAUAUCACAAACUACAGCAUCAAUGCUCAAACAUGCACAAUUCAUAUCAUUUUGCUUGAAAGCAUUAAAAUCUUUACAAGAAUAUUGGGCAAAGUUUAACAACGAUAAUGAUGAUAAUAGUGCUACCGUUGUUAGUGUUUUAUUAGAACCUAAUGGUCCACCUCAAGUUCCAGAUAUGAGUCCGUUCUUUUUAAAACCUUACUCUAUUAGCCAAACAAAAGAUAUAUUUCAUAACUAUUCGAUAAUAUUGACUGAAAUGCUGUUGCGUUUACCUUAUCAAAUACAAAAAAAUUGGUCUCAAUUAUCUUUUGAGCCAGAAUGGCUUACAGUAUUAUGUGAAUUUAUGGGCUUAAAAUCAAUCAAUCCAUUUAUUAAAAGACAAGUUCGUAAGUUACUUUUGUUUGUUUGUGGAAAUAAAGAUAAAUAUCGUCAGAUUAGGGAUAUGCAUGCUUUAUCUUCAAGUAUGAAGAACUUUCAAACUACAUGUGAUAUUGGAGAACAUGCUACACCUCAGUCAUUAAAUUUGACAUAUGAUAAACUUGUAGAAUUAGUUGAAGAUGUGAAAAUAUGUGUUGAUAUAGCAUCAAGCCGUAUGUUAAAUUGGCAAUUAUAUUGUCGCAAAGAAAGUUCUGUUUUACUUUACUUGAUGCGUGUGGCUUACCUUCUAGAUGAAGGUGUAUCAUCAACUAUUUUACAUUUACUUCAGUAUGCAAUUUGUGGAGCCAAAAAUCAAUCUGCUACACCAUCAACUAAAGAAUCAAAAUCAAAAGUUUCUAAGGUUGCCGAAGAUAUUGAAAAUGCUAUGCUUGAAGAAGCACAAUGUAUGAUACUUGUUAAAGAAUUGAACAAACGUUUAAACAGAGAUAUUUUAAGUCGUUUUAUUAAAACAUUUUUACUUGAAACAAAUUCAACUCAUAUUCGUUGGCAAGCUCAUGCUUUGAUAUUAUCCAUUUAUAGAAAUUCAGAACAAGAUGACCAAGAAAAACUUUUAGAGCUGUUGUGGUCAUUAUGGCCACAAUUGCCAACUUAUGGAAGAAAAGCUUUACAAUUUGUUGAUUUACUUGGCUAUUUUAGUUUCAAGUAUAAUCAGAAAGCUGCUACAUCUACUAAAUAUGCAGAACAAGCAAUUGAAUUAUUGAGAAAUCAAAAUCAUAAAUUAGCUUGUCAUCCUAAUGCUAAUUUAUAUACACAAAUAUCUCAGUAUGUAGAUUUGGAAGGUUUUUAUUUAGAAAGUGAGCCAUGCAUGGUUUGUAACAAUCCUGAAAUACCAUUUAGCAAUAUUAAGUUAACUUCUAUUAAAGUGGAUUCUAAAUUUACUACUACUACUCAGAUUGUUAAAUUAAUGGGAAGUCAUACAAUUAAUAAAAUAGUAUUACGCAUAACUGAUCUGAAACGUACAAAAAUGGUACGCACUAUGAAUAUUUAUUAUAAUAACCGUUAUGUUCAGGCUGUUGUAGAGUUAAAAAAUAAACCAGCAAUGUGGAAUAAAGCUAAAGAAAUAACUUUAACUUCUGGACAAACAGAAAUAAAAGUUGAAUUUUCAGUGCCAAUUAUUGCUUGCAAUUUAUUAAUUGAAUAUGCCAGUUUUUAUGAAAACUUGCAUGCUUCUUCAGAAACUUUACAAUGUCCAAGAUGUAGUGCAACAGUCCCGGCAAAUCCUGGUGUUUGUUCAAACUGCGGAGAAAAUGUAUUCCAAUGCCAUAAAUGCCGAGCCAUAAACUAUGACGAAAAAGAUCCAUUUCUCUGUCAUUCCUGUGGUUUUUGUAAAUAUGCUAAAUUUGAUUAUGUACUUACUGCUAAACCAUGUUGUGCUGUUGAUCCUAUUGAAAAUGAUGAUGAUAGAAAUAAAACAGUAGGCUCUAUAAAUUCAAACUUAGAAAAAGCUGAUCGUUUGUAUAAACAACUAGUAUCAUCAAAACCUGUUCUAGAAAACAUGUUGGUGAAAGUUAUGGAAAAUAGGUUAGAAAAAUCUAACAAUACCAACUUAGAGGAUAAUACUACUCCGAAUGUAGUGCCUGUGUCUGGUUUUGCUGCUGUAGUUAAUGGAGCUAUGAAUAAUAAUAAUAUAUCAUCUGGACCAGUUCAUCAAGUUAAUAGAUCUAUUCAACUUCUUGCUCAAAAAUAUGGCUCCGAGUGUCGUAAUACUUUUGAAGAUUUAAGCCGCAUUGUACAAAAAGUGCUGGCUAGUAGAAAAGAGUUAAUAGCAUUUGAUCAAAAACAACUUGGACAAGUCAAAUCAACCAGUCGCUUUAGUGGUACUGCAUAUUCUCUUUCUAUAUCUGAAUCAAUGACAUCUUUAACUUUGUCUCAUUCUGAAAUAACUUCACAACCGUCCAUUAGUACAAGUUGUUACGGAUGUAUAACAGCUGCUUUGGAACAUUGCUUUGUUAUGUUACGUGCAUUAGCUACUAAUAUGACACUCCGUAAAACACUUUUACAGCAAGGAUUAAUACAAGAGUUAGUUGAAAAUAAUAUAAGAAGAGGUUCUGCCCAGACACAAGAUGAAGUUCGAAACUUGCUAUGUAUUUUAAUACAAGAUAAUUCAAAGGCCACUGAAGAUCUUUGUGGUCUUUUAAGUCAAAGAAUAUCUCUUACUAUAAGAGGACCUAUAGCAAAUGCUGAUUUAGCAUUUGCGGUUAGGCCAGAAAUAUCAUUGUUAGCUACCAUGCUGUAUAAAGAAGAUUCUUGUUGGGAACAAAAAGCAAAAUGUGUUAUGCAAUUAUUCUUUAUGACUUGUAAAGAGUUCCAGUCUUCAGCUAUUGUUACUUAUAUAACACUACCAUGCUUAAAAAUGAUGCGUAAUAUAAUAAAACCACCAGCUCCAUUAGCUAAAAUUAACAAGGAAAAGUCAACAGAAAGUUUAUCAACCAUUCAAAGUUCAGAUCAUUUAAUGGUAGAUUUCAAAAAAUGGGCUGCACAAAGCCCUGAACAUAUGUUUAAUGUAUGGCGACAAAGACUUCAAAAAAAAACUUCAGAAAUUUCUAUAAAAAAAAUUAAAAACAAAAAAGAAAUAAGGCAAUAUUAUUUAGCUUCUAAAUACUUCAAAAAAUGGCGUUUAUUUUCUUUAAGGGAUAUUACUAAACCAUUCCAACUUUCUAAGUUGUCAUGGCUUAAACAUUUUCUAUUUUGUUCAAGUACAAGACUAUUAAGACAAGUUACAUGUGCUGUUUUUGAAAGUAUUGCUCAAGUUCCAGAAAGAAAAAAAGAGAUUUUAGAUCUUCUUACUGAAUUUUUAACAGAGUUAGGUAGUGCAGGAGAAAAUUGUGCUGAAUUCUUAGCUCUAUAUCAAAAUCUAAUCCAACAUACUCCUUGGAAACAAUACUUAGCCUUAAAGGGAGUGUUACUAAUGAUAUCAGAUAUAAUUACAAAAGAAAUAAAGCAUUUGCAUUACUUAGAAGAAACAACAUUAACUUCAGAUUUAUCACAAGGAUUUGUUUUAAAAAGUCUUACAGGAUUGUUAGCUUCAUUUUUAGAAGUUGAUAGAAUAAAACAACAGUAUAAAGGAAGGCUUGUAGGUGCUAUAUUAAAUGGUUAUCUUUCACUUCGUCGAUUGGUUGUACAAAGAACACGGCUUAUUGAUGAAACUCAAUCUCAACUUCUGGAUCUUCUUGAAGAAAUGACUUGUGGAACGGAAUCAGAAUCUAAAGCAUUUAUGGCUAUUUGUGUAGAAACUGUAGAAAAAUGUGAUCCUCAAGAUGUUCGAACUCCUGUCUUUGUCUUCGAAAGAUUAUGUUCUAUUAUUUAUCCAGAAGAAAAUGAUAUUGGUGAAUUUUACAUGAAUUUGGAUAAAGACCCCCAACAAGAAGACUUUUUACAAGGUCGUAUGCUUGGUAAUCCUUAUAGUAGCAAUGAAUCAGGUUUAGGACCAUUGAUGAGAGAUGUGAAGAAUAAAAUAUGUCAAGAUUGUGAACUAGUUGCAUUAUUGGAAGAUGAUAAUGGAAUGGAAUUACUAGUUAAUAAUAAGAUAAUAAGUUUGGAUUUACCCGUUAAAGAGGUUUAUAAAAAAAUUUGGCUUCCUGAAGGCGGUGAUAAUGAGGCUGCCAUGCAUAUAGUUUACCGUAUGAGAGGUUUACUGGGAGAUGCUACAGAAGAAUUUAUUGAAACAUUAGAUGCUAAAUCCGAUCAAGAAGUUAAUAAUGAAGAAGUCUAUAAAAUGGCUAAUGUAAUGGCAGAAUGUAGAGGAAUAGAAGUCAUAUUAAAUCGUUUAUCUACAAUUGAAGAUCUUUCUAGAUCACGUCCAUUACUUCAAGUAUUACUUAAAUUACUUAAUCUUUGUGUUAAAGUCAACCACAACCAAGAAGUAUUGACGGAUCCAAAAUUAGGUUCUAUUCCAAUAUUAUUAAGUACACUUGAACUUUGUUUGAAUAAUGAAGCUGAUGGAUUAUCCAAUACAUCUUUGACUGAACAAACUCUUGAUAUAUUAGAAACAAUUCUUUCAAAAGCUACAUCUCAAAGUCUUGAUAAUUUUGCUAAACUCUCUGAAACAUUUGGUCCUGAUGAUCAUAUUCAAUAUCUAUUGAAUUGUGCUUCUAAUGCACGUUAUAAUAUUGUACAACAUUUAACAAGAGUUUUAGCUGCACUAACUUACAACAAUCAAGCAAAAAUGAUGAUACUCAUGGAUCAUUUUUCAUCUGUAAUUUCUGAUUUUGAGAAAUUUGAUGAUGUUCACUCGGCUGAAGAUGAACAAAUGAUGAACCUAUUUUGUGAUUUGACUUAUGGCAUUGAAAACAAUUCUCUUGGAAAUACACUAAAAGAUUACAUAUUGUCCCUUGGAGUUAUUAAUAAUGUUAUUAAUUAUAUUACGCAUCAUGCACCUACUGUAAAGUCAACAUUGAAUAAAAAUAGUGAAAAGGAUGAAUGGAAAGAAUUUAUUUCCAAGCCAUCAUUGAAAUAUAUCCUAAGAUUUUGGACUGGAUUGGCUAAUGGUCAUGAAUCAACUCAAACUGCUGUAUCUAAUGAAUGUAUUUAUACUGUUCAUUGCUUAGAACAAGUUUCAUCAGAUGAGCAUGUAGGUUCUCUUGCGGAAAAUUUAUUAGAAGCAUUAAAAUCAAAUCCUAUUAUGGCUGAAAAAAUUGAACUUGUUCGUGAACAAACUAAAGCUGAGAAAAAGCGGUUAGCAAUGGCUAUGCGACAAAAACAACUUGGGCAGUUAGGAAUGCGUACAAAUGAAAAAGGUCAAGUAACUGCUGAAACAUCUUUAUUACAACAAGUAGAAGAUUUAGGUGAAGAAACUGGUCUUGUUUGUGUUAUUUGUCGUGAAGGGUACAAGUUCCAACCUACCAAAGUAUUAGGUAUUUAUACAUUCACCAAAAGGUGUGUAGUUGAAGAACAUGAAGUAAAAGCUCGAAAAACUAUUGGGUACAAUACCGUCACUCAUUUUAAUGUUGUACAUUUUGAUUGUCACAUGUCAGCUGUUAGACUUGCCAGAGUUCGUGAUGAAUGGGAAUCUGCAGCUUUACAAAAUGCCAAUACAAAGUGUAAUGGGUUAUUACCUAUUUGGGGUCCAUCAGUAGCCGAAUCAGCUUAUGCAAAUUGCUUAGCUAGACAUAAUUCAUAUUUACAGGAAGCUACUAGUCAAAGAGAUAUUAGCUACACUCAAACAGUACAUGAUCUUAAAUUAUUAUUGCUAAGAUUUGCACAAGAAAAAAGUUUCCAUGAAGAUACUGGAGGAGGUGGUCCUCAAUCUAACAUGAACCUCGUACCAUAUCUUAUACAUAUGGCCUUAUAUGUAAUAAAUACAACUAGACGUUCAAGUAUAGAAGAACGUAAUCUUAAAACAUACUUGGAAAUUAGACCUGGUGACAGAAUGAUUGAUAAUUUCUAUGAUACUGAAGGACCUUUGUAUUGGUUAACCAUGACAAUAUUACUAACACCUUAUUCUACUUGGACAUCAAAUGCCCGUUUAUUACACUUACAUCGUGUUAUCUUUAUGGCUCAUGUUCACCAUACAAAUUCAUCUAUAGCCCCAAACAUCCGUUCUAUACCAACUACUCCUUAUGAUUAUACAGCUUAUAAACCAGUACUUAUGUUCUUUGCAAUUAUCAAUACAAUGUAUGAUUAUUAUUUUAAGAAUGUAGAGGUGUCAGAAAGUAAAAACUGGCCAACAAGUUUGGCUGAUUAUAUAAGACACAAUGAUGAAAAUUUACUUAAAUUAUCUGAAAAAAUGAUGACAACUUUUAGUGAAGAUUUCUUACCUUGCACUUCCUUUGAAGAGUACUGUGAUGUUGCUCGUCUUGAUAUAGGUGAUCCUGCAAACUAUAUUAAAAGCAUAUUAAAUACAUAUAUUUAUUAAUUUAUUAAAAAUUUGAAAAACGUAAUCACCUGUCAUAUAUUUUUAAAUAUAUACUAAUUAUUUAUUAACUACAUUAUAUUUUCUUGUAAUUCAUUUAAUAGCAAAGUAAAUAAAUUAAAAAUAUAAUUUUCAGAAAGCUA